CCAAUAAGCGGCAGGCAUUUCUUGCACCUGAUUUGAAAGUAAUACGUGCUAGGAAUCAUGCUAGAUUACGAAGUAAAGCACUUGUUGUUGUGAUUAGAACAGAUAGCUCUACGGUUGAGGAGAGUGGGUUGUUAGCAAAGCGAGAGAACGAAACAGACGUACAAACUCACAUAUGAUACGACACCAUUAGUCAUGAGGCUUUUGUCUAUAGCUGGAAAGCUCCAGGAGCAAUCUGCCUGUGGUUGUCAAAUGGAAGAUGCGGAAAGCAUCGACGAUUAUGAUUUGUUUCGACCGAGCAAGGCUAGUAUUCUUGUAAGAAGGUGCAAGUCUGUAAAUGGUACGGUUGACACACCGAAAAAGAAAGGCGUGCUGAAAUCCAGAAGCUCGCCUACAAGUCCGAAAAAGGUACAUUUCGCGGACUCAAAUGGAUAUGACCUCGUAGAGGUGAAGAAAUAUACAGCAGUUUCAGAGGAAACAAGUGAUUGGUUUCUCCCUAAACAGGUACUCAGGCCAAGAAGCAUCUCCGUACCCCCUAUUUCGUCCAUGAAAACACCGGGAGAUAAGCUCAUCUUGCCGUGUUUUUCGCUAAAGCCAUGCUUUGACUCAGCAUGUCUCGACAAGACGAACCAAAAUGUAAACAAAAGUGGCAUUUGCCUUGAAAAUGUAGCAACCGACGCACGCUGGCUAACUGUUACUUGCAGAGUUUGGAAUUAUCAUUUUGUUAAAGAGGUCUCGGUUCGUUUUACAUUCGAUGGGUGGGACUCAUUCACAGAGAGACACGCCACCCAUGUAUCACAUGCUGAAGAUGGUCUCACUGACAGGUUCCAGGUAAGUCUGCAUGUGCCAAAAAGAGUCAAGGCAAUGGAGUUUGCCCUAAGGUAUCGUGUCGAUGGCAUGGAAUUUUGGGACAAUAAUAGAUCACAAAACUAUAGGGUCGUGGCUUAUUCGUGACUUCUCAGAAGUAGUGAAUGACCCUCGGUCGGUCGGUGCAAUAAAUACACCAGGCCGUUUAAAUGGGAAUACGUUCGUGCUAGCUUGCACGUGGAUUGUUGUGGUAACAGAUUCUCAAGGCCCUUGCAAGCGAAUGACAAAGGCAGCUGGUCGUUAAAGCUCGUGCAGUUAUACAUUUGGAAAUCUGUGCUUGAAGAAUGUAUGGACGAAGAGGGAGUUGUUAUGUGUUUGGUUUGUUAACGAGCACAUUACUGUUAAACCAAUCAUCAUUAGUUCGUAAAACGUAUCCUUAAUGAGGAGGUAAUGAUUAUUGAUGGACUUUGAUGUUUUCGUCAUCGUUCCUUCGUAAUCAUUUACACAAUCAUUUUGUUCUAUGUUUUUGGCAUCAUGCAGAACAAAAACCCAUGUGACCAAAAUGGUUGUUUUAGAAAAACAUACACAUUCAAGCCUCCUGCCCCUUGUUUUUAAUGAGAAAAUCCAAAACUGCUUGCAAGACAUGAAUUUGGGCUCAUCCGUAAACAGGCGAAAUAAAAAAUCCGGAAAAACAAUUACGAUAUCGUUUAUUGUUUGAAACCCCUGUCCAUGUAUUUGCUUGUUUAUCCAGACAUAAAGCAGGCCGCGAUGGUCAAAGAAUGGUUUCAGAGGAGUUGAGAGCCCCAUGAAUGAUAUAGGAUAGAUGAUUGACGUCAAUGCAUGUUUACAAACCUGCCUGCAUUCAAUGUGGCAUCUGUGUUUGUUGAAUGGCAGGCCAGUGGGCAUUGUUGUCUCAGUACAAAACUCCUGCUGGUGAACCUGUGUCGAGGUAGAUGGAGAUAAAAUUAAUCAAAGUAAAUGUUCAUCAUAAUCAUAAUGAUUAUCAGCUGUGCCGUACAAAGGAUUAAUUGAUUGAGGGCACCAUUUUUUGAAAAUACAGGAACUUAAGGGAUUGUUGGUUGGAAAUUCUGAGGCUCGUGUACAUAAAAUCGCUUUAUAAAAAAGGGUGUGAUCUUCGUCGAAAACAAGUGUAGUCAGUCUCUUUGUGGGCCUGCACUUUGCUUUAUGACGUAGCAAAACAUUACUCGGAAGGGUUUGGAAACAUCCCCCAUGUUUGCGACUACUUGAAAUUUGUUUCUUUUUUGCCAGUGGAUGAAGACAGUGGAUGCUUUAAGUUAUCUACUACAUCUGGCUUUGCCUAGACUAAACGUAGGUCUGUAAAUAUAAAUCAUAGAUGAGAAGUACUGAUAUGAAAUAUCUCUUCUGCUUUGACAGUUGAUCGUUUAUUAUUCAAUGGCUUUGUUUAAUUUUUAGAAUUAUUCUUUGUUUUAAAGGACAGAUUUUGAAUAAGGGUUAUAUUUUUAGAGACAAAAAGGCGUAUUAGAAAUCUAAGCGUCUUUGGUUUCAUUUUGCUGUUGAUCUGUUAGUAUGCUGAGGAUUUGCGAGAUAAAGUUUUAGAAAUCCACUGUAUUAAGAAAUCACAGUAUCUUUCGUUUUGUAAGUUGAUUAAAAAUAAAAAAUGGGAUAUUAAACUUUUGACUUGCGCCACUUACAGUUACUUUGUUUAAAACAAAUGUUUAGAGAGGCUUGAAUGUGUGCUUCGUCAUGAUACAAGCAAGAGUCCAACUCUGAAUUUGUUUUGAAAAAGUCGUCCAUGGCCGUAGCUAUUUGAGUAGGAAGAGGGGUGGGGGAAGGGGGUGCUCAAGGUUGUCACACAGCUUUUCGGAAAUCCUUUUCAAAAAAAAAUAUAUUUCUUCCAGCUGUGGGUGCCUUGUCAGCAAAGUAAAUAAAGGAUAGCUCGCCAAAUUUGUCGGCAAAUGGGACUGGCUCGAACUGGACACCCUUGGGCACAGUAGCUAGGGACGACCCUGAAGUCGGUAUUUUUAUGUUUAGAGGGGUUAGACCUCAGAUUAAUUAGAUUAAUUAACAAUGCAGAAUUCGUUUUGAAAUCAUUUUCGUAUCUUGAUAGCUUGAAAUACGUUAAACCUCUGGCUACUAGCUGGCCAAGCCCCCUUCCAUUUGCAAAAUUAUUUUUCUGCUAGGGAAGGAACUUAAACCCCCAGUGUUAUAUGAUCAAGUUGUUUAAUCAGCAUCUUUUUCUGUGUCCCAUAUUCUUGGUUUUUCGGGCAUUAAGUGUUGAAAACAAGGAAAUUCGGACAGCAACCCCGCCAAGUUGAGCAGUCUCCCUUCAUAAUUCCCUGCUUUUGAAUAUCCUCCAAUUAAAAAUCUUUUGGAAGCAUACCAUAGUUAGGGAAAGAGACUUUGAGUCCGUGCAGGCUAAAUAUUUUUUACCUGCACUUGAACUAUGUGUCUGGUAGCCAGAGUAGAAAUUAAGAAACCCUACAACAAUUUUUAUAUUAAAUUUUCUUGUGAAAAAUGAGUGUGUAGAGCUUGAUAGCAUAGUCGAGUCGUUAUUUUCAAUAGAAAUAUAAUUUGGGUUAAAUUUAUGCUUUAAAGAAUGAUUGGGCUUGUUGAGCUGUAAUAGUCUGUAUUAAUUAGAAUUGUGUAGAAUAGAAUCUGUUGCAGUCAGUAUAAAUAAAAAUCCAUUCUAGUAGAAUUCGCUAGAGGGAACCAGCUGUAUAUAGCUUGCCAUAUUGAAUCUAAAAAUUCUGUUUGCUUGAUUUUUUAUCUCUUUCUUUAAAACUUCAUUCAUCAUGGAUCAUUAUGGAAACUGACCCUGAAGUUGACACAUGGGGAAUGCAAUAAUACCAAAAAAGGCACUAUGGUUCGCCAAGAGACCUGUUUCAAGGGACAGUGCAGGCCCGUCGGAACCGGGGGGCUGGGGGGGGCUGGAGCUUGUUACCCUUGCUAAUAUUGGGGGGGCUGCCCAAUAAUUUUCAGACUGUAGUAUGUUUCCUUUAAAACAGUGUACUGAAUGAGAAGGAAAACAAUGGGCAGCCCCCCAAUAUUAAUUUCGUGUUCCGACAGCACUGCAGUGUGUCCAAUGGACAAGGAAGAUUACUGUAUAAGUGAAAGAGGAAAAACCAAUAAUUUACAUUGAUUAGGUAGCCAUAAAAAUAUGAUGAACACAAGGCCACUUAUGCCCUGUUCGGGACAUGAAGCUAUUCUUAUUAGCAUGAUUUCGUAUUUUCAGAGAUUCAUUAGGUACAGAGAAAUUUUUAGCUGCUUACCCCAGAAGUUGAGGUCAGCAAAUUAACGUCUAUUAAAUACCAACGGGCUAUUAAAUACCAUGUCAAUCAACAGCCUCUAUGAAGCAGGUCUUUACAUGAAGGGCUUGAAGUGUAAUUGCUGCACGUUUUUCAAAAUUUUUAAAAGAAAAUAUUCUCGAAAACUACUCUGCAGUAAGCAAGAAAAUCUAAAAAUCAUGGUGGGUUUAUCUCCAAAACAAAAGAAUUUUUGCCAAAGGUGUACGAGAUUUUCGUUGAAUGACAUACCCCGCGAUCAAGCUCCAUUUGCAGGGCGGUUGCAACAGUGUUCUUGAGUGCGAUGACGUCAUAACAGUGUUUUUUAGAAUUUUUGAGUUUGGACCACAAAACCUGAAAAAGAAUCAAGAUAUUAGCCCAGAAAUACCUAUACAGAUGAGUUAAAUGUAAAGAUUGGCUGAGAAGUGGCUCUCUCAUCGGAUCACUGUUGCUUGCUCUUGAUCCAAGCUAGUCAAAAAAAGUUCGUUCGAGUCUCUAAGACUCAUGCGUACUUCUUUUCUUAAAAAAAGUAAACCGUUGGCAGACUUUAAUGGCCAUUUACCAUCUAAUAUUUAACUUAUUUAACUGCUUUUGCACAUUUAGAGGUAAUUGAUGGUAUUCUUUCAGGUUGCGUGCUCAAAAGACUCUGUUUCUAUAUUUCACACAUAAGAGCUCUACCCUAUAACGCGAAAUUACGGGUGCGAACUAAUUAAGAAAUAAAAAAUCAGGUUAGAUUAAUUAUGGAAUUAUUUAAUUAAUUGCCUUCAUCCACAUUAAUUAAGGAAUUAAUUAAGGAAUUUGCUCAAAAAUGCCAUUAAUUGCAUUCAUUAAGGAGUUUGUUAUUAAAUUUUGAAUUAAGGAGAUGCAAAAUUUAAAAGUGG